AUGUCUAGAGACUCGCGGCGGGGCUCGUUGCAGCCGCCUUCGCUCUACCAAAUGCAUGCCCAGGCAUCACGCUCCGACACGCUUACCACCUUCGACGACUUCACUGUGCCACCGGCCCCGAGCUCAGUUGGUGAGCCCAAAGGCAUAGACUUGGUACAAGGUGGCUUCAGUGGACUGUACAGUCGCCUGAGAGCUUCUGUAGGAGGCGUCAGAGAACAAUCACAAGAUGGCAGGAGCGGGACUUCGCCGGCCUCCAAGUCAGCGGCUGUCACUCGAAGCCCAGGGGGGACUUCCGUGUCCUCACCCGUUGUCACCUCUAGGCCGUCGUCGCGCAUGCAAUCUCCAGCAACAGCCAACUUCCCCGACGCCCUGCCUCCCUCCCGCGACUCCAACAUAUCUAGUACUACGCUCUCCAGUAAGACGUCCAUGAACGCGUCUAAGGCUUCCCUCGGUACUGCACGGUCCCGGAACUCAAUGACCCCGAGCGUCGACACGGGGCAUACAGCAAAACACGACGAAUCCUCGAUUCUGAGCCCUAUGGGCCCCCACUCUAGGAGCCAGAGCACCUCCACCAUCGACUUACCAAGAAGCAACACACCGAGAGAUCCUGCGCUAGGAGCCCAACGGCUAGAUUCCCCGCGCUUCGCUCCAAACCGGGACAACGUUGCUAGGAGACAGAAGGGCGACUUUGACCUUGCAGGUCAGGAAAGUGACGAUACCGAUGACGAUGAUAUGGUGCUCGUGAAAGGCGAAGGUCAAGCGGGUGAUAGCGCCAACUUCAAGGCCGGGUCAGACACCCCGCGCGAAAGUCUGAGCAGAGUCAGCUCCCGCGCCGACAGCCAGUAUCAACCCACCCGUUCUGCGCCAAACAAGCCGAGGGAACAGCCUGAAAAGUCCCCCGAGAGGAUUCAACUCGGUCGCAACAACACCGCUAGCUCCCAAACUACCAUACACGCACCGGAGCCGCAGCGUCCCCCCAUGCUCCAUGUCGGUCCUUCACACCUCCCAGGCUACCGGCCUUCCAGGGCCUCUUCUUCUGACGGGUUGAGCUCUAUCAUCACGACUUCCACGAUACGCACUCCUGCUGUUGCUCCUAUCGAAGAGAUUCAGCGACAAGCCCAGGCUGCGCCUGCGGUACACAACAUGUCAAGAAGCACUUUCACUCAAAUGCGAAGAAAGAUCCUAGACCGCGAGUUCUGGAUGCGAGACGAAAAUGCUAAAGCUUGUUUCAGCUGCGGUGAUGCUUUCACUACUUUCAGACGUAAGAUAUUUGGACAGCAAAGCAACCUGAAGGUAUGCAAACCAUGUGAGGGUAUCAUAUACGGCCAUGACGAUGACUCUUCCGACUACACUGAUGAUGGCGACCAAGCCUCUCUUUACGACAACGGGGACAGGACUCAGUACUCGGACGACGACGAGGCUGAUCAUGUUGAGAGUGAUCAUACAAAGAUCGGAACACCGACCAUCAGCAUCCCCAUGUCUCGGAAGGUGGGCAGUGAAAAGAAACGCCGGUCACAUGUCAUAGAACUUGGUCCCCAAACUUUGACUCGUCCGAGCUCUUCGCGAUCUCUGCGGUCUCUGGGCGGGAGACCCCGUUCGUCGAGCCACAAACGACACCCUUCCAAACACCAACACAUGCGUAAUGUCAAGCAUGACGAUCGCGCGCCCUUCCAUCAGUAUCACGAUAAUUCACGCAGUCAACCAAGCCUGUCGGCCUUCCACCACGAUAACAUAAUCGACCCAGAUCUUGCUCCCUUCAUGUCGGACGAGGGCUCGAGCGAAGAAGAUCACGCCAGCAUCUUCGCGACUCUGAGAGAAGAUCCUGCGGCUGGCGCGAAUUUGGAUCAUGAAAGAGGUGGUUUAGGUGGUCUGUUGGCAGCCAUGAGAAAAGGAAAGUCAAGGGCUGGUGAUAGGAGUGUCAUAGGCGCGGGCCAUGCUCGAGAUGCAGAUAACAUUAGCAUCACAAGCCGCAACGGAAAUCGACCAUCUCGACGAAGGAAUCUGAGCGUAAGCAGCAUAACUCACCGAGCCUCCCCAAGGCGAUCGAAAAGCAACACCCUACUAAGACCUUAUACCGGCUACGGCGGUAGCGGACCGGGAACACCACAACUCCAGCCGUCUCCUUCACCAACACCACCCGGAGGGAGAAUCACCCGUAGCGCAUCAAUGCAGGGUAUGACACCCAAGGUCGAACUCAACAAGGCCAGUCUAGAUCAUGCACGAAAGCUCCUGAUACAGAUGUUGAACGACGCUGGAGUACCGCACGCGUCCAGUUGGGAAAAGGCCUUGAUCCCGAUCUUACGACAGUGUACAGAUGACGUCAAUCCUGAUGUAGAUAGAGGAGAUGACAUCGACGUGAGGAACUACAUCAAGUUGAAAAAGAUCCCGGGUGGUAAGCCAAAGGACACCGCAUACGUAUCGGGAGUGGUCUUUACCAAGAACGUUGCCCUGCGGAGUAUGCCGCGCAAUAUACCCAACCCAAGAAUCGCCAUCAUCACUUUCGCUAUUGAGUAUGCGCGACACCAAACACACUUCAUGAGCCUUGAGCCCGUCAUCGCUCAGGAGCGGGAAUACCUUCGUAACCUCGUAAGUCGUAUCGCAGCUCUCCAACCCCACGUCCUGCUCGUACAACGUAAUGUGUCUGGCUUGGCACUCGAAUUCCUGGAGAAAGAGGGAAUUGCCGUAGUCUACAACGUCAAGCCUACAGUACUGAACGCUGUCGCGCGAUGCACAAAUUCGAAAAUGAUCUCAUCCGUCGACAAGUUGGCCAUAGACCCAACCCAUCUUGGGUCUUGCGGCAGGUUUGAUGUCAAGACCUACGUGCACAAGAAUGCAAGGAAAACCUACAUCUUUCUGUCUGGGUGCCAAAAAGAACUAGGCUGCACAAUUGUUCUACGAGGUGCCGAGAGUCAUAACCUGGUCAGGUUGAAACGCGUUACUGAGUUCAUGACGUAUGUCGUGUACAAUCUUCGGCUCGAGACUUGCCUGAUGCGCGACGAAUUCAUAGAUACACCAACAGCAUCCAUUACUGGUACUCUCGCCUUGGACCGCCAAGAUCAAGACGGCUCACGAACUCAAAGCGGUGGAGACGAUACCGCUUCUCAGCCUACUAACGCGUUGCAUGAUGGGAACGACCUGCGAUCUAGCGAUGCUGCACCCUCUUACUAUAGCGACAUGGUCGAAAACCACCGAACAAAGAUCCUCUCUUCUUCGCCAUUCGUCAAAUUCAUGCAACCUUAUCUGCUCGAACAGGCCCGCCAGUACGAAGCAAAGCUUGGCCAUCUGAAGAAGCUCAAGAACCAGUACACUGCUGAUGAAAGUGACGAAAAGCCCGGUGAAAUUGGCCAGAAGUUCGAACUCGUACAGCCCGAGAUGGUCCACACCGUGGUGGAGAAGGCUUCAAAGCAAGUUCGGGAAUUCUUAUCUGCAGUGCAUGCAUCAGAAUACGACAAGGCACUGAAUCAGUACCUGACACAGAAGCGACAGUGGGAGCAGUAUCUCUCGGGUAACACGGAUCUUUACGACCCGUUCAACCACCAGAAGAUUGCCGUACUCUACAGUGUUGUCAAUACUGUAACCUCAACUCCCUGCAUUGGACCGGAAAUCAUCGCGCUUGGCUUUUACCAAGAACAUGAUUACGACGAUGGCUUCACGCCAGACUGCACAUUGGGCCAAUACGUGGAGGACUUGUGCACUUCAGCCAGUGUUGCUUGUGAAGUGGGCAAUUGCGACCGGAGAAUGCUCGAUCACUCUCGGCAAUACGUGCAUGGAGAAGGUCAGAUGACGGUCAUUGUCCAGAAGCACCCACCGAAGCUGAAAGGCAUGUAUCAAACCAUUCUCAUGUGGAGCUGUUGCCGAAUAUGUGGCCAGGAAACGCAAGCUUUUCCCAUGUCGGAGUGGAGUUGGAGAUACUCUUUCGCCAAAUACCUCGAGUUGACUUUCUGGAGUACUAAACUGCAUCCACGAGCGGGUAUAUGUCCCCAUGACAUUCACAAGGACCACGUUCGCUACUUCGGCUACAGCAAUGUUGCUCUACGUAUCCAGUAUGACCCCGUACCGAUGUACGAGGUCAUCGCUCCCAAGCCGAAUGUGACCUGGAAAGUGGAUAGCGACCUAAGGUUGAAGAAUAGCCAAUAUUCGAUGAUCGAGGAGAAGUUGGACUGCUUCAUGGACUCGCUUCGCGCUCGUAUCCAGGGGAUACAUGUCGAAGAUGUCAUUCCAGAGAAGGUGGAUGUUUGCCGCAAGGAAGUUGAGAUACUUCUAAAACGCGCGAACGAGGAACACGAGUGGCUGAAAUCCAAACUCCAAGACAAGUACAUGAACUCCAAAUACUACGAAAUCAUCCCCAUGAAUCGCGCCAUUCGCGCCAUUCAGGAAAAGGCAAUCGCCUGGGAUGUGACUUUUCUGGAGUUUGAGCAGCAGUUCUUCCCGUCCGAGCGAGAUAUUAGGAGGUAUGCGAACAUGCAACUGAAGAGAUUCUUGGAGCGGGAUGAGUCUACGAGCUCUUUGGCAUCUGUGGACGAGGGCGGGGAAUCAGGUGCGGACGAUUCGUACAUCGAUGAGAAGGAUGAGUCGAUUGCGUUAUCGCCGAGGCCAUCUAAUCUGUCACCAGAAAUGGCCCGCGACAUGUUGAGCUCCGUUGUCAAAGAAGAGAGUUCGACUAGCGAUCAGCCUGCGGACGGGGGAGAACAGACGUCUGGACCCACCACGCCCCCUCUGACCAAGCCUAGUUCAGAUUUGCCAAUCCAGACCCCGCGGGAGGCACUUGAGCGAGAAGACGUUCGUCACCUGGAUCUUGCAGUGCCCUCCAACUAUCCUGAGACACCUGCAGUCGGCAACGAAGAACUCACCAAGACACCAACUGUUGCUUCUGAUCCUAACAAGUACGACGAAGGGUCGCCUACACCUACCAGUCUUCCUAGGGUAAAUCCGAUUGAUAAGUCGCUUGCUGAAGCGAUUGAGAACAUGCCGAGUAGCCCAUCACCAUUGCCGUCAGCUUCGAACAUCACAGCUGAAAGCAAAAUUCCGCGGCUGGUCGAGCCCGGUCGACGUGAGACGCCGGCCCGGCCAACAGCACUUGUGAGAACACAAUCUCAGCCUGGAAAUAUUGCUAAACAUAUCGGCCCUUUCCCAGGCUCAUCUGUCUCCAACAAUGGGCCCACUAGUCCGAAGCCGAACUCCAACGACUCUACAAAGGCUUUUGAGCGUAUGACAGAGCGACUUGGGCUAGGGCUGUCUACCCCAAAGCAAUCCAAGUCCUCAUCUCGCAUACCCCGAUCUAUACCUUACAAGAGCCAAAACAAGGUAUCGAAGAUUGCCCAGCAUUUCGAACAGCUGUCACGAGAAUUUCAGAACCAGCGUAUGCGCGAGAGACGUAACGAUCGAGCUAGGCAAGUGCGCGCGUUCCCACUUGCCUCCUCUAAACCGGUGGUCGAGGUGUACAAGAAUGUUCAUGACGCUGUACAAGAGAAUGAGGAUUCUGAUGAAGAUCUGCGUACUCCAACUCCUCCUCGGGCGAGUCUAGACAACAGUACACUUGGCGACAGCACCUUUAUAGAGCACACAGGUGACACAACAGCAUCUCAGUCACCGGUUGAGAGGCGACACCCUCAUGAUGAAAUGGCCCAACUUCCCAGCAGCGAUGAGUCACCCAAAUCUCCAAGCCACUUUCCAUCAGAUCCCGAGAACGACAUCAGUGAUACGGAGACGACGCCAGAAGACAUUCCUCUACCGGAGAGCCUCGCGGGCUCUCAACUUCUGAGUCUAAGUGACUCGCAGCUGGAAAACUCUCUUGAGCUCCCCAAACACGAGAAGAACACAUUACUCAAGAUUCUUACCAGUUUCUGGUCUGAACGAUCAGCAAGUGGAUGGACGCCGCUUGAGUAUCCAUUUUCACAGAUCGAGCACGUCUGGGAGAACUCGGAUAUCAUCAUCCGGGAAGACGAACCCAGUUCCAUUAUUGCAUUGGCGCUGUCGUGUCCAGAUUAUGUUGCCAAACGACAAACCUUCCGCGAUUUUACUUCAAGUGAUGGCGUUAUGGAAACGUUUGAAGAGUCAGUCGAACGAAAUCUACUGCAUGAAGAAAACCACAACAUCCGCUACAGUUUCACCAAUCGUGGGGUAAAGGCGCACUGCAAGAUUUUCUACGCCCAAUCUUUCGACGCACUCCGCCGCAAAUGCGGUGUGGCAGAACGCUUCGUGGAGUCCCUCUCCCGCUGUUCGAAAUGGGAUUCCAAGGGCGGGAAAUCCAAGUCAAUCUUUCUGAAGACCCUCGACGACCGAUUCGUCCUAAAGUCACUCUCUCCAGUCGAAGUUCAAGCAUUCUUCAAGUUCGGACCCAAUUACUUUGCCUUCACGCACCAGAAUCUCUUCAAAUCGCUACCCAGCGUCAUCGCUAAGAUGUUUGGCCUUUUCCAAGUCCAGAUUAAGACACCCACCGGUCGGGACUUUGAUUGGUACAUGCUUGUUAUGGAGAACCUUUUCUACGAUCGCGAACCCAAUCGCCGCUACGAUCUCAAGGGCAGUAUGCGCAAUCGCAAGAUCCAGGCCACUGGCGAACGAGAUGAAGUUCUUCUCGACGAGAACCUUGUUGACAUCAUCUACUCUGAGACACCCAUCUUCGUCCGUGAGCACACCAAGAAGUUGCUCAAAGCUAGUGUGUUCAACGAUACGCUUUUCCUAUCACAGAACAACGUUAUGGACUACUCUCUCAUGGCAGGCUUUGACGACACACAACGCGAGAUCAUCGUAGGCAUUAUCGACUGCAUUCGCACCUACACUUGGGACAAGAAGCUAGAGAGUUGGAUCAAGGAUCGCGGCAAGAACAAGCCUACCAUCACGUCGCCGCGUGACUACAGGAAUAGAUUCAGGAUUGCGAUGGAAAAGUACAUCCUCCAAGCGCCCAAUUGCUGGCACCAAUUCAGUGGUAGGCUCGUUGGACAGAGCGUCGAUGGACGAAGGGCGCUGGUUGAGGGCAGAAGCAGUAUGGAGGCUGGGCACAAGAGGGGCGUCAGCGGUAGUAGUGCGGCAGGAUCGAGUACGGUAAUGGACAUGGGACGCACGUUGGCGUACGGUGAUGGCCGUAAUGUUCGGAGGGCAUGA